UCCUCUCGCGGCAGCAGCACCAUGGGGGUCUCCGCGUCCAGUCUGCUGGAUGACAACAAAUCCACUUACAUCAAAGGCCAGGCCGAGGCCGAGCUGAAUGAGUUCAGUCCGUACUACAGGAAGCAGUUCUCUGUGGCCCAGUUCUCUCAGGUGGAAGACAACCUGGAGCAGCACAAAGAGAAGAUCACGCAGCUGCUCAAACAGAGGGAGGCUCCUCAGGAGGCAGAGGUGCUGUACGAGGAGGGCGUCUUUUACUUUGACGACACCAGGAAGUGGAGGGAGAGGUACGUGGUGGUGAGAGCCAACUACUGCCUGGAGUGUCACGAGAGUCUGGAGAGUUUUGUUAAAGGAGUUCCUCCGCGCCACAAGCUGCUGCCUACAGGGGGCACUGUUCUGACCACAGAGGAGCGCUACAUGGCCAUGGUGGACCGCUGUUUUCCUGAUGAUACCAAUGUGAAGGAGGACUUUGCUCCUCCUCUGUCGGGGAUGCCAGGUCAGUUUCCAGUCUACCUGCGUCUGCCCUACAGGAGAGACUCCUACUUCUGCUUCAGGCAGCAGGCAAAGCAGGACGCCUUCCUCUCCAUCCUGACAGACUGCAUCAGGCACCAGAACCAAGACUUCCUGAAGAAGAAGACGUGCGAGGUUCAGGCCUUCCUCAAAGCCAUCCAGCUCUACAGGCAGGUCAAAGGCAAAUAUGAGGCCUGGGACAUGCUGAUAGGAAGUGAUGUCAGGGUGAUGGCCAACGUGGUGAUGGAGCAGCUGCUUCCCUCUCUGGAGAAAGACAUGCUGCCUCGUCUCAAAGCCAAGAAGACAGAGAAGAAGAGAGUCUGGUUCGCUACGGUGGAGGCGGCGUACAUCCUGAUCCAGGAGCAUCUGUUGGAGGGACUGUCGGCGCUGAAGGAGGAAUGUCGGACGUCGGUCCGGCAGCAAGAGGUGACGAUCCACUCCGACAUGGACCAGAUCCUCAACUCCAGACGGCAGCUGGAGGAAAAAGUCCGAGCCAAAGUGUCAGAGCCGGCGGAGAAGCUGUGCUCCGAGUCCGUCCAGCCGUACCUGGGCUCGGUCCUGGAGGAACUGAUGGAGCCGAUCAGUUCCGGUUUCCACGAGGGACGCCAGCUGAGCGAGAACAUGAUGGACCAGGUGUGUCAGGACUUCCUGGUGGGAGGAGAGAACGAGCGACUGAAGAAGGCUCUCGCUGACAUGUCGAGACCGAACCUGCUGAGCUGCUACCAGAAGAUCGGCUCCCUGCAGGAGAAGCUGCAGCACCUGCAGGAGAGAUUCGGUUUCUCAAACAUCACAGGAGUGAUCCACAGCGCCCAGAUCGACCUGCAGCUGCUGAUGGAGAACGCAGCUUACACGUUUGAGCAGCUGCUGCACAAAGCUGUCCAGGACAACCCAGACAACGCCGGCUCUGCCAUCGAAAAGGCCAAACACAGAGUGCUCAAGCAAUAUGACUAUGACAGCAGCACAGUGAGGAAGAGGAUCUUCCAGGACGCUCUCGUUUCCAUCACACUGCCCUUCAUCAAGAGGAACCUGGCCCCCACCUGCAAAACUGAGCUUCAGGAUCUUGAACAGUCCAUCUACUCUGACCACUCUAACUUUAUCCACGUUGAGAACGUUUAUGAAGGCAUCCUCCUUCAAACUCUGGACAAGGAGGUCACCAAAGUGGUGAAGGAAGCGGCGAGCCUGAAGAAAUACAACCUGUUCACAGACAGCAGAGACCUGAUUAGCCAAUCCAGCCGCUCCAGCCUCUCCUCCCCGUCCGUCUCCACUCCGGGCAGUCCUGCCAUGGCGCUUGCCUCCCCUUCUAAAACUUCCUUUGAGCCCCAGCCCCCCUCUCCUCUUGUGGUGAAUGGUCUGUCUUCAAGCCCCCUGAAGGGAGAGCAGCAGGAGAAAGAGAACGGCGUGCUGCCAGGUGAAUCCUCAGCGGACACGACAGUGAUUGAGGCGCCUCUGGGGAAAGUUGAACAAAAAGAGAUUGAUCAGAGCGUCGCUGUCAACCAGGAGGAGGAGAUACCUGCACCCGUAGCAGAAGAGGUCAUCCAAACUGUGAAGGCAGAAGCAGACGCCACUGUUGCACUUGAGACGGCGGCUUUAAUAGACACACCCACUGCGAAUGGGACACAAGAAGUUAACGUAGCAGCCGCCCCAGAGACUGUGACCCAAGAGGAAGUGAUUUCUGUCAAGACAGAGAAAGUUGAAUUGGCUGCUGAGCCGGAGACGCAGAGCACAGAUGCUCUAAAAGAAGCAGAAGUAGCUUUGGAAGAAAUUCCCACUGUUGUAGAAAGUUUAAAGACAGAUGCAGAAGAAGCUGCAGAACAAACAGAAGCUCCUGAACCAAGUCCUGAUCCUUCAAAUGAAGCAGUCCCAGCUUCAGCAGUGGAGACUGGUUCCCAGCCAGUAACCAGCUGUGAUGAAGACAGACAGUGCGAGAGCUCAGAAGUCAAGUCAGAGGCGCCCUCUAGUGGUGAAGCCCCUGUAGUAACAUCUGGAGAUGUCGGCCAGGACUUGGAGGUAAACAAAGCAGAGCCAGUUCCUGUCUCAGAUCCUAAUUCUCUGGAUGUGUCAGUAGGAAGUGAGUCACACGCGUCAGAUGUGGAGUCCACAGAGGAAGUCAAGGUCACACAGAGCAGCCAGGAUGAAGUCUCAACAACCUCUGAUGUCUUGGAAGACGAUGCCAACGUCAGCAAAUCACCCGUGAGCUCAGACGACGCACCCGAGGACAAAAGCACAAGCAACGAGCCGUCUCCUCAGACCCAGAAGGAGGACGACACGAGCUGCGAUGUCAGUGUGGGCGGGGACAUGGAAGCAGGAGCGAGUGUAAACGUGGAGGCAACCUCUCCGUCUUCUGGGCCCGAAAAAGAGGAAACCCCGUCCAGCCCUGAGGCCCGGCCACAAGACUGCAUCAAGGACAUCCGCGACCUGGUGGUGGAGGUGAUUGAGGUGGAGGAGCUGAUGCAGCAUUACCCAAGCGGAAUUCCUAAAGAUGAAUGAAGUAUCACAACCAAUCACAACAGCGUUAAGAGGACAUGUGGGCCAAGUUGAUUCAUCAGCGCGAGGGACAAAAUAAUUCAGGAUGUUUCUUUGGUCUGCUGAAAGAUGUAACAGUAGCUUCCAUUUCUGUGAUAAAACGAGGACACUUCCUGUCUGAGCAGAAACAGGAACUUUCUCAAACACUUCCAUGAAUUUUUUAACACAUAUGCAUGAAAUGACAUUAAAUUAUUUAUACAAAUUAAUAUCAUUUACACAAAUCAUUACAUCAGCUGUGUCAGGUAUAGAAAACCAACAGAUCUGUUUCACUCAGUAACUUUGAAGACUUUUUUUUUUUUUUUUAAACAAUUAAUUUAGCACCAAGUUGUUUUAGAAAACUUAGAUUUAAAACUAUUAUAUGACAGAAGAUUGUGAAUAACUUUCUGGUGUGGUAGAUUAUGAAUCUAUUUUUUAAAGGAACAGUUCGACACAUUGUAAAAUUUGCUUACACGCUUUCUUUCUGAACGAGGGAUGUGAAGAUGGAUAGGAUAUCUUGAGACAGGGUGCGGUCAGCCUAGUUAAGCAUAGCUCAGCAGGGGAAAGCAGGUAGCCUGGCUCUGUCUACAGUUAAAAAAAAAAUACACAUACCAACCUCUAAAGAUAAUUAACAUGAUAUAUUUUGUUUAUUGAAUCUGCAGAUUUGAUUAAUUACAAGUAAAAAUCUUGCUUUAUUAGCAGCCUAAUGUACUUAAAGUAUCAGAAGUAAAAGUACACCUUUUGAUUAGUACUCAUCACGUAAAUAUUCCCUAACUCAAACUAUUUUAUAUACAUAUGUGUGUAUGUAUGUAUAUGUGUAUGCACACACACACACAUAUACAUAUAUAACAUGCUAAUUAGUCGUCAGAGGUGUUGGUAGAUGUUUUUGGACAUCAGACUGAACCGGGCUAGCUGCUACUAGCUACUUCCAGUCUUUAUGCAAAGCUAGGCUAACCCUGUCCUGAUUCCAGCUCUGUAUUUGACACACAGACAUAAGACUGAUCCAUCCCUCAGAACGAAAGAAAAUAAACAUAAUUCCCACAAAGUCAAACAAUUCUUCUAAACAGACAUGUCAGAAUUUAAUUUUCAAUUCAUUUUGAAAUCAUCAGUGAGAUUUAGAUUGUUUAAAAACCACUAUAACAGAUGUUUUAACGUAUUAGAUCACAUGAUCUAGAUCAGUAACACUGCCGAAUUCACACUAAAGCUGAACUUUAGUCACAUAAUUUUCUCCUUAAUGUGAUUUUUUUGACCUACUGAGGGAUUUUUUUUUUUUUUUUGAGCUACCAAAAAAAAAAAAAUCUCAUUUAAGUGCCUUUCUGGUACCUCCAUGUUGUCCUCACGUGCCUUAGAUCUCAUGAAGAAGGAAGCCAGCCUCUGUCACGUGGAUGGGGUUGUCGGAGAGACUGGUCCGAGUCUGAUUACCUGUGCCUUUUACCUGUACAGAGCAUCUUGUACAGGCCGGGUUAGUAAUUUACAGUUUGAGUACAGGGAGGAACAUUUGACCAUAAACUGUCCACGAGAUGAAUGUUGGUUAAUGGAAACAAUGUGGAAAUAUUAUUAAUAAAAUAAGAGUCUAUAAACAAACAGCUCUCAAAUUACUUUUGUGUGAACUCUCCACUCUCUGGUUUGAACUUUGGGGAAAGCAGCACAAAAAACAAAUGUUUUUUUUUGCCAAUAAAACAAAUGCACCAUGUUGCUUUGAUUAUUUAUUUAUGGUCCACAACAAUUUUUAACCAAUCACAGUCACACUGUACUGAGAAAUAUGAAAAACCUGCAAGUAAUCCUACAUAUGUGACGGAUUAUUUACGAAAUACACUUUCACUACAAUAAUAUUCCUUCCAUUUAUUUGAUAUAUUGCACCACAGAAGAAGAAUGUUUCAUAUUUCAGCAGGACAGCAACGCUCCAGGCACAUCAAGGACAAGAUAAAGAAUAAUUUAAAAAAAUGCAGCAGAUUCUUCAACAUUUGUUCAUAUUUAAAAAGUAAUUUUCAAGAUUAUACAAGGCUGUUAAUGUUUUCACUCAAAUUACAUUCACAUAAAUAAAAUGACAUCGUAAUCAUCCAGAGCUUGGAUUUUCUACAGACUAAUGCAGUGUUUUCACUUAGCAAAGGCAAAACAAGGAAAUAACAGUCAUUCUUUAAUUUUCUAAUUUUUUCCUAAUGAGUUUCUUGAGUUAUUUGAGUUUGUGAAAAGUUGUUGAUUUCUGGAUUAAAGGCUCAAUUUAAACAUAAAAAAUAUGUUUUUAUUAUUGGAAUCUUUUUCUCACAUAUGCUGAAUUGUGUUCUUUCCUGUAGACAAAUUUUAUAUUUGCAAGUUCAGUUAACCUGCCUGACUCAAAGACUCUUCAGUUUACACUAGCAAUUAAUUGGCAGUAAUUGAAAUAGCAGCAAUUAAACAUUGUGUCUACAGAAUUUCCCCUCUAAUCAGUAACCAAAUUACAAUUAUUACAAAUUUAUUUUCAGCAAACGUCCUAGUAAAUAAUUCAGAAAAAAUUGACUUGUAAAAUAAAUUGUUAUGUAAUAUCCUAAUUGAUCAUUUCCUAUGUGACUAAUGUGUCUGAUGAAUGACUCAGUAGUUCCCAGUCUUAGGGUAGAGACCCCCCCCCUUAAGAUAAAUCUGAGAUAAGAAGAUGAUUAAAGGGAUAUUAAGACUUUUUGUCCCAUUCUUGUUCUUUUCAAACACCAGAUACUUAAAUCUGUCCAGACCUUGAAAAUAGUUCAAAAUCAGACAUGUCAGAGAGGUGAAAAUAAUUUUCUGAGUGCAGACAUCGAUCUGUGGUGAGAGGUCACAAACAACAAAACCAACAAUCACUUCAGCCACAGAGUAAAGAAGGCAGAAAGCAUUGUUUGUUGCACAUUGUUGGUUUGGCUCUGAAAAUAGAAUAAAACCAGACUCCACUUUCAAAACACAAACUUUUGCUGUUUUCUCUUGCCUGAAAUAAUAUUUGUGAGUUUUCACAUUAGGCAAACUGUGGUAAAAAAAGAAAAGAAUAAACAUUUGCUUGUGUAACAUCCAA